CCUAUUGGCAAUCUCGUCCCAACUCACCUUCUUUCCCGCCCGUUCACCUGCCACCCUUUUUUACCAUCUCCGUCACCUCACCUCCAGCUAUCACCACCACCGAUCGCCUCUUUUUAUUGGAGAUGCGAUAGUUGCAGCGACAAAAGAACAUCAACACCAGCUAUGCCGCCGUCGACGUCUUCAUUUGCUCGACCAAACCACACUCCCUAAAUCCCUCCCGACCGAUCCCAAUCACGCCCACCAUGAUUGAACCAUCCCUCCGUGUCCGACGCGCCAUCACAGCAAACGACCCCCUCCUCGUCAAACGAAUCCUCAAAUCCCACCCCCGCCUCCUCCACAACCCAGACCCCUCCCCCGAAGCCCUCUCCAACUCGAACCUCCACCUCGCCGCCUCCCUGGGCCACCUCCCCAUCGCCAAAGUCCUCGUCGAUCAUGGCCACGAACACCCGGACCCGGCCCUCAACGAGCACCACCAAACAGCCCUGAUGCUCGCCGCCGCCGCGGGCCACACCGAGGUCGUCCACUUCCUCUGCGAACGAACCCCGCACGUCAUCCUCCGGCGCGACAUACGCUGGCGGGACGCCAUCAUGGAAGCGAGCCGCGGCGGGCACGACACGGUGCUGCAGAUCCUGCUGACGUACGUCCCCGAGGGCGCGCGCGCCGCUGUGCAGAGGGCGGACCUGGACGGCAACACGGCGCUGCAUUUCGCAAGCAGUAAUGGCAACUUGCUCGUGCUGAGGACGCUGCUUGCCGCUGGCGCCGACGCCGAGCGGAGGAACGUGUGGAGCUGGACGGCCAUGUCGUAUAGCGCUACCGUGCAGGCCGAGGUGUACCUCAAGGGGCUCGUGACUGAGGUGGAGCGGCGCAAGAUGGUGAGGCAGGAGGUUGAGCAGCUCAAGAAUUCUGUCAAGGGGGCGGCUAGCAUCAAGGGCGGUGCCGUGCGCGUUGUUGAGGAGGAUGUCGAGGUUGAGGACUGAGGUGGUUUACGGUUUGAACAUUCAACCUUUUCCGAGUCAUCAGCUCACGGCAGUUUGCGGGUUUCCCCAUCGUCAUGGGCGCGACACUCGACGGCAGUGAGGGACGAUGGAAAUGUCACGGCCCAGAUCUUCUGAGGACGGCAGACGGAUCAUCCACGGCGCCCCGCAACAGCAAAGCUCUACACCACGACAGCACCCACACGGAAGCUACACAAU